UCAAGUGUUCAGUAGAUUUUUCUAGGUAUUAAAGUGUUAUCAAAAAAAAUCUGAAAUAAUUAGAAACCAAGCGUGUUUUGCCCAAUAGGUAAUCUUUGCUUAUUAGUGUAAGUGGCAAAGGUGUUGCGAAGCUGGAAAUUAUGGAGUGUUUGAACGGCUGCAGAAUGUGGUUGGCGAAAUAUGUAUUGAGCUUGCUGAUAUCCCUUGCAAUUUCUACAGCGACUUUAAAAAUAAACACUGAUAUUCCCGAAUCUCUUCCCUUAUUGGAUAACGCUUCGGUGGCAGGAUUUGACCUAACAUGCGAUUGGGUCCCUCCUCCAAGGAUUGAUAAUGGAAAUGCUACCGUUAAAGUUUUUUUGGGAGGAGGAAAAAGGUUCCUGGGGGCCAAAUUUAUCUGCAGUAAAAAUUACGAAUUAGAGAAUACCCAAAACAGUGUAAUGUUUUGCUCAAAUUAUAAAUGGUUGGGUGACCGACCCAAAUGUAUUCCUCGUCUGGAUUAUAGCGAACAGAAUUCGAUAGAAGUGAAUAAAGCUACAUCUAGCGAUUUCAGCAAAAGAGAUAUCUCUUCUCGCUGCCCUGAGGGUUAUCACCCCUCCGAGGAAAGGCAGACUUGUGUCUUGAAUGAGUCACCUCCAAAAUCGUGCGAACCCGGCUUCAAACUUUCCGCAAAUGGCAGCAGGUGUCAAGACAUUGACGAAUGUGAAUUGGAGGAUGAAGACCCACAAACCGGUCUGAUAACCCAUCGCUAUUGUGAGCAUAAGUGUGAGAACUUACAGGGCUCCUUCCGUUGUCACUGCCCUGAGGGCUACAAUCUGCUCGAGGAUAAGCAGAGCUGUGCCUUGGAUGGCUUACCUUCUUCUCCAAAAAACAAUACCAUAAAAGAUGUUGAUAAAACUCCCAUAGUCGAAACUCCAUGUGGCUCCCAGGAAAAUCUCACAAAAUGCGCCUAUGCAUGCCAAGAUCUCCCGAAUGGAACCUACCAAUGCCAGUGUCCUGAGGGUUAUAAGUUAUCUGACGAUCAGCAUUCCUGUUUGGUGGAUCAACACUUCUGCUCCAUGGGAAAAGGAUUUGAGAAGUGCCGGCCAGGAAAAUGUUUGCCCCUUAAGGAUGAGAUUGGCUUCACCUGUGAGUGUCCAAGGGGCUUCCGUAGUGAAGGGUUGAGUUGCCAGGACGUUGACGAGUGCGCGGAUGGUACACAUUUCUGCAGUCACGACUGCCACAAUAACUGGGGUGGCUAUCGGUGCUCCUGCCCCCAAGGACUCACCCAAAUCAACGAUUCCACCUGUGUGCCUCCCUGCGAGAGUCGUAACAACGGUUGCAAACAGAUCUGCUUGGCUGACAGAGGUGGCGAGUGCUCCUGUUGCAAAGGAUAUCGCCUAAAGUCCGAUGGCAAAAGUUGCGAGGAUGUGAACGAGUGUCUGGUGAAUAACGGGGGCUGCCAGCACAAGUGCCACAAUCUAGAAGGUACCCAUGCUUGCUCCUGCGAAAGAGGUUACAUGUUGACCAAGGACCAAAAGACUUGCCAGAACAAUAAUCCUUGGUAUAAUUGGCAGCCCAAGGACCUCUGUCCGGCAUUCCAGGACCCUGCAAACGGCAAAGCCCACUGUAUACGGUACCUUCAAGGGCUGUUUUUCAAAUGGCACUGUGAUAUUACUUGUAAUCCUGACUAUGUCCUGCAGGGUCCUAAGUACAGCACCUGUGAUGCCAGCGGAAUUUGGGAUAUUCCAAAACCCAAGUGCAUGGCGGUCAAACAGACCCACGUACCGAGGAUAAGACCGUAUCCUUUAGUUUGCCCUGCUCUGCAACGUGCACGCAAUGGAGUCAUAUCACCGGAAUCAUGCACUCAAAUUCCAUCAAAAAAUGGACAAAUCUGCCAAUUAAAGUGUGAUCACGGCUUUGAACCUAUCGGACAGCUUCAAACAUUUUGCAUGUUCCCGUGGGGCUGGGCCUUCGAAUACGAUCUUCAUUGCCAGCCCUUCAACUUGUUUGACAACCAAUUCAACUUACUUACAUGUUAUUUACAUAUUUAUUAGGUCAACCUACAUCGGCAUCGAAAAACCAUUUUUAAAUUGUGCAUUGAUUGCUGGCACAUUUUAGCAUUAACGACAUUAACUAUUCUCAAUAUAUAUAAAUAAAUUGAAGGCUUGAAAAUAAAUCUAAUAACAAAAUUUGUUAAAAAAAUGUA